AUGGGCUAUAUCGAACCAGACUUGGGUGAGAAGAAACCAACUCAUAUUGUUAUCGGAGCCGGAUCUGCUGGUAGUGUCAUAGCAAAUCGCCUCACUGAAAACCCUAAUAACAGAGUGCUUUUAAUCGAAGCCGGUCCGCAAGAUUACUGGUGGGAUUGGCGAAUACAUAUGCCGGCAGCUUUGAUGUACAAUCUUUGCCAUGAUCGAUACAAUUGGUUUUAUCACACGGUGGCACAGAAGAACGUGGGAAAUCGUGUGUUCUACUGGCCAAGAGGCAGAGUGUGGGGCGGAUGUUCUACGUUGAAUGCCAUGGUCUAUGUGCGCGGCCACCCGUUUGACUAUGAUAGAUGGGAGAGAGAAGACGGUGCUAAGGGAUGGAAUUAUGCGAAUUGCCUCCCGUAUUUCAAGAAAUCUGAAACUUACUCAGAAUCCAAA